AUGGCUCUUGCAGCCGCCGUCUACUCCCUGUCAAGCCGCGCCGCUCCAAAUCUCGCGUCCAAUAUGGCAGAAUCUCUCCCAUCGUGCGCUAACCAGUACCGAAGUCUACCUGGGAUAGUCUUGAGCUGUAUCACCACCAUCUUCCUAUGCAUUUGGGUCGCCCUCCAUCUCAAUGUCCCCGAACCAGUGGACACCAAAAGCCUGGGCUACUUGGCUCGGUUCAAGAUAUCUAUAAAAUGUUUCUUUCGAUGCACCCUGGUUCCGGUCUUCGUUACAUUGGUGGUCCCCGAAUGGGUUCUGGGCAUGGCAGUCCGUCAAUUCAUUGCGGCAUCUCGUGUCGCCAAGUCAAUCGGCGCCACUCGUCAACAAGGAUUCUUCAUCAUCAUGGGUGGCUUUCAUCUUUUCAAACGAAGAGAAGGACCUUUGAAGAAUAUUAUUGAGAUCAUCGAGGAAUACAUAGAGGAGACUCACCCAUUGGUCGAAAAUUUGGCUAUGGAAGUGAGAGAUGGUCGAGGUAGCUGUGCACCGGGCAAAUCUCAAAAGAUGAAUAAUCCAUUUGAAGAGGAAUUUGGAGAGCCCGUCCACCCUCUCGAUGAAUUCGACGUUUGUCACCUUCUCCAGACUGGCAAACUGCGCCUCCCCAAUACUGCCGACCUAGAAGACCGGUGCAAGAGCGACGGACUCGCGAAGUUCCUUAUCGUAAUCCAAACCUUCUGGUUCAUUUCUCAGUGUAUUGCGCGAAAACUCAGCAAACUGCCACUCACAGAGCUCGAGAUCAUUACUCUCGGUUAUACUCUGCUCACCGUGGCAAUGUACAUUGCGUGGUGGGACAAGCCAUACCGGGUUAGAUUCCCUGUGCGCGUGUAUGAAACACUUCCUAAACGUACAAAAGAGCAACAGUGGUUAAAGAAUAAUAUGGAAGCCACCAACUCUUGGGAGACGGCUUUCAACUACGCCGCAGGUACCCAGGCAGAGCUCGUUGACCUACGGAGUGUGAAACAAGUGCCAAUAUUUUACUCUGGGUUCACAUUAGAUGAGUGGAAUGUCAGCGAUCUCGGUGGCAUUCCGACCACGGUCAUAGUUGGGACAUUGUUUGGUGCUGUCCAUUUUCUUGGGUGGUCGUCUCCAUUUCCAUCCACUCGUAUGCAGUUCCUCUGGCGAUUCGCGGCAAUUGCCAUGACUGCGGUGCCACCUGCAGCACUCGUAGGUGCAUUCUUUGGUGGACUAAUCCGCGAUACGCUGUCUGAGCUUGUGGGUACCUUGGUCUUCCUCCCCCUAUUUCUAUUACCGCCCCUCUAUUUUGUUGGAAGAGGCGUAACGGUUGUACUUGCGUUGGUGACACUUGCGAAGCUCCCACUCGACGCAUAUCGAGACGUGGAAUGGUCCGACUUCUUCCCCCACAUUUAG